UGCAUCUUUGGCUUUCUUGUGUUGCUCCCAGAGAUUGUGUGGAUUUCCACACUGCCCUUUUGUGGGCCCAACCAAAUCCAUCAGAUAUUCUGUGACUUUGAACCUGUCCUGCGCUUGGCUUGUACAGACACGUCCAUGAUUCUGGUUGAAGAUGUGAUCCAUGCUGUGGCCAUCAUCUUCUCUGUCCUGAUUAUCACUCUGUCUUAUGUCAGAAUCAUCACUGUGAUCCUGAGGAUCCCUUCUGUUGAUGGCCGCCAGAAGGCCUUUUCUACCUGUGCAUCUCAUCUUGGUGUCUUUCUGAUGUUCUAUGGCAGUGUGUCCCUCAUGUACCUGCGUUUCUCCGCCACUUUCCCACCAACAUUGGACACAGUCAUUGCACUGAUGUUUGCCGUUCUGGCUCCCUUUUUCAACCCUAUCAUCUAUAGCUUGAGAAACAAGGAUAUGAAGAUUGCAAUUAAGAAGCUUCUCUGCCUUCAGAAGGGGUUUAAUGCAUCCACAAG